CACGCGUCCCCAUAUUCCUUCCUUCCUUAGAAUUCUUCAAUUGGACCAAUAAACUCCAACAGUCUCUCUUUCUUUUGUUUCCUUCCUCCAAACUCCAAGCCCCCUCUCUCUCAAAUCCUCAAUUUCAUCAACCAUGUCUGCAGAAUCAGCCAGUGCAAUUCAAAGAAACCAAGUUGAUCUUUUGGACUUCAUAGAUUGGUCUGGAGUUGAAUGCCUCAACCAAAGCACUAGUCACUCUGUUGCCAACGCUCUCAAGCAGGGUUAUAGAGAAGAUGAUGGUUUGAAUCUGGAGAGUGAUGCAGAUGAGCAGCUUUUGCUUUACAUACCUUUUCUUCAAGUCAUUAAGCUGCACUCUAUUGUCAUCAAAGGACCUGAAGAGGAAGGUCCUAAGACAGUGAAACUUUUUUCAAACAAGGAGCAUAUGGGGUUCAGCAAUGUCAAUGACUUCCCAGCAAGCGAUACACUUGAUUUAUCCCCUGAGAAUCUAAAGGGCAAACCAGUUGUCUUAAAGUAUGUCAAAUUUCAAAAUGUUCGCAGCUUGACGAUAUUUAUUGAGGAUAAUCAAUCUGGCUCCGAACUCACAAAAGUUCAAAAGAUUGUUCUGUGUGGAACAACGGUGGAAACUACAGACAUGAAGGGCUUGAAGAAGAUUGAGGACGGACACUGAAGAGUCAGAGAAGUAGAUGAAUGAAAAAAUUGAAUCAUCUAAUACCCUUGUGAUCAUUUAGCAAAUCUAUCUGUGCACAUGGUUAUGUGGCAUAUUAUUUAUAUACUUAGGAUUAUAAUCAAGUUUCAUUGAAAAAAUUUCGCCCUCUAUGGGAUUCUAAGAUUAUAUGAACAUUUAAUUGACCCAAAAAAA